AGGCAGAGAAAAAAGGAAGUGAUCAACAAAACAGCAAAUGAAAAUAGGGGAAAGGUUUUGGAGGCUGCUCUCUGUGGAGGGGUGGAAACUGACUCAGGGGAGGCAGUAGGUGGAUUGAAGAAGCCAGACAGCUAACAGUGGGUAGGGAGGCAAAAGGCAAAACAGAAUGCAGUCUUCAUAAGGCAUGUUUGUAUGUGUGGCUUAUUUCCAUCUUCACCUUUUGCUAAACUGAGAUCAUCACACUGUUCUGCAAGUCUGGCUUCUCCCUGGAGAAGGGUACAGAGUUCAGCCACGCGACAUUCUGGUCUCUGGAUUAGACCCUUGAGGAUUUACUAAACAUGCCCCUUGAAUAUUCCUGAAAACACCUUUAUACUCCAAAUAUCUGUAUGUAAAAAUUCCAGCAGAACCCCGCGUAUCAGCUUCAGGCUUGUGGAAAAUUAGGAGUUAAAUUGCUGCUGUAAAGUAAUUUUAUCUCUGUGUUGGGCUGAGGCUGAAACUGAGUCAUGUGUGCAUAUUUGGAUACGUCACACCCUCUUGCUGUAGUAGACAAAGAGCAAAUUAGCUCCUUACCAUAAACCUCAUGCUUACAGGAUGCUUCUGGAGGACAGAUCAAUCAUUCUUUAGUCCCUUACAGAGGGGGAAAAAAACCCCACAAAAUGCCUCUUAAGAUGAACUAGAGCAGCACCAUUGUUCAGCUGGCUGGAUUUCACACACUACAAUGAAGAUCCUGUUUUUCACUGGACUGCUCUCUCUUACCUCCAGCCUUUGCACUACAGCUUCAGAAUUUUCACUGAAUGGCUCUGCAAUUAAAACAGUGUCUCUUAUCAAAACUUUUCGUGGAAUUUCAGCAAGAGACUAUGAUUACAUCCCCCCUUACGCUAUAGAAGGGGAAACAACAACCAUCCAUAUCAGAGAAAAUAAAUGCACUUCAAAAAAGUCAAAUGACACCACAUUGACAGAAGUGAGCAACACCACGCUGGAGUACCUGACCAGCUCUCUGAGCACCAAGCUAAUACCUGCCAUCUACCUCAGUGCUGUGUUAUUGGGUGUGCCGUCUAAUGCCAUCAUUUUGUGGAUGCUGCUCUUCAGGAUCCGCUCCGUGUGCACUGCCGUCCUCUACACAAACCUGGCUGUUUCAGACCUGCUCUUCUGCAUCAUGCUGCCCUUCAAAAUAGCCUACCACAUCAACGGGAACAACUGGAUCUUCGGGGAGGCGGCGUGCCGAGCGGCCACGGCGGUGUUCUACGGCAACAUGUACUGCUCCAUCCUGCUGCUGACGUGCAUCAGCGUCAGCCGCUACGUGGCCAUCGUGCACCCCUUCACCUACAAGAGCCUGCCCAAGCGCGCCUACGCCACCGCAGCCUGCGCCGCCGUCUGGGCCUGCGUCUUCCUGUACAUGCUCCCGCUGGCCAUCAUGCAGCAGAGCUACCACGUGAAGCAGCUGGGCAUUCACACCUGCCACGACGUGCACAGCGCCUGCGAGACCGUGUCUUCCUUCCAGUUCUACUACUACGUGUCCUUAGCCGUGUUCGGGUUUGUAGUACCGCUCGCGACUAUCGUGUUCUGCUACGUCUCAAUUAUACGCACACUCAAGACUCAGGAAUGGUUCUGGUAUGUUAAAGUCAGUCUUCUGAUUCUUACCAUCUUUGCUAUUUGCUUUGUGCCAAGCAAUAUCAUCCUUAUUAUCCAUCACAUCAACUAUUACUACUACAGCACAGAUGGGUUGUAUUCUUUUUAUCUAAUUGCUUUAUGUCUUAGCAGCCUAAACAGUUGUCUUGAUCCUUUCCUUUAUUUUCUAAUGUCAAAAAUUAGAAGUCAAUCCAAUAUUUAUCUAACAAUGGUAAAAAUAUCCAGGGAAAAAUGAAUUUAUUUCUAUUAUGGAAAUUAUUAUUUUGUAUAGUAUUAACAACGACAGCAACAAAUCUCAGGUGCGACAUUUAUACUUCAAGUAAAACGUGUUAGAAAACACAAUCUCAGUUAAAUUUACUUCCCUUAAUACAAGGAAUAUCUCCAAAAAUACACUUCUCCAGCUCUAUAACUUUAUCACAUGUAUUGCAACACCUGUGUACCCAGAUUCAGGGAAGUAGAUCUGCACCUCCACUUCUUUCUGAGAUGAUUUUCUGGCCAUGGAGAAGCUGUCAGAGUACCAGUCACAACAGCAUCUAAAUACCAGAAGUGGAGUCAGCAUCCAAACAGCACUUCUAGGGCAAUUCAUGACACUUCAAAUUAGCUCUCAGCCAACAAUCACUGCAGGAACAGUGAUACAAAAACACGUUUUUGGCCUGGUGAAAAUGGGAACAAGCAAAAACACUUUCUACGUGCCUGGGAGCAGUCCAGAGCAAAUACUGCCCUGGAUGGAAACAGAGAGUCCCCACAGGUUCAGAGAGCAGUAAAUCUACAGCCGUGGAUACAGACCCUGACUCUUCCAGGGCUACCUCUCCCAUGAGGCUGCUUAACCAGCUCUGCACUGGAGACUUGUUCUUCCACUUCGUCAGCACCUGCCCUCCCCUAACCCACCGGGAUUGCUGGGAGCUAACCCUUAUCACUGUGAAUCCAGGCAUGUACUAUUGCUCUUGCUGGGUGAGCAAAACGGGGAAGCUAUUUUGUAGCAUUCUCUAUUUCCACAUCCUCACAGGAAAUACCUACAGUGUUAUGAAUGCUGCAACUUGUUGCCAUUGACUGUUAGUAAAACAAUGGGUCAAGUUUUACCUUUACAGAAACUCAAAGCCUACAUAUACGCUAAGUUCCUAGAAAAUUAGUCCAGUUGUUGUCAUUUGAAUUUGUAACUGCAGCAUGUAAGUGGGGAUAAAAAUGUUUUAUGUUGUUUUGAUAAUAGUAUUGUAAAAAAACUUAAAUAAAAA